AUGGGGCUUCCAGCCCUUGGAGAGAUGGGAUUCUGCCUCUGCCAGCUGCAGCCAAUCCAAGGACCAGAAGUUCCUCCACCUCAGCAGCGCCUCCAGCAGCGGUGGGCAUUGUUGGUUCUGAAGCCAGUCCUGAACAGCAGAGAAAGCUCCACAGAAGUAAUGGAAAAACAGUUUAAUCCAGAGACAGCUUUAAAAGUGAUGCAGCAGCAUCUUGUAUCAUUUGACGCCCUUCGCCAGCAGACUUUGCAGAAAGCCAGCUUGGGCUGGAACAGUCUAGGAAUUUCUCCUCAGGAUUCCAAUAUAGAAUCUUGUACAUCUGCUGAUAAGACUGAUCUGAUGGAUGAACCUCAUGUCAAUAAGAUGAAUGAAGGCUUAAUUCAAAAUGACAGCUCACUUCUCCACUCUUCAGAAGGUAGUUUGGUGUCUCUGAUGCCAGUAAGCUUACUUAAAGAACACCCAUUAGAAAACAAAACCCUUCAGCACACAAGCGAUCAAAUUGAAUAUAAAACAUCUUUUCCAGUUUGUGGUUUAGGUUUCCCAUGCCAUCCUGCAGCACUGUCGUCUAAAUCAAACUUAAAUUCCUCUCCUACUAAAAAAGCUGUAAGUGGUCACAUUAGAAGUGAGGUACAUUUGCUGCAAUAUAAUGAUGAAAGUCGGACAAUAUUAGAGAAAAUUUGCAUUGCCGGUGAACAGAUGAGGCUGCAACCGGAAAGGUCACAGAAUUGGGAGCUGAUCCUUGAUUGUGAACUUAAGCGCCUUCAAAAUGUUGCUCAGCUUACAGGUAAAGUAACUGCUGAAAGGUCUACCCAAACCCCUCAAGAAAUAUCUGUUUGUCUUAGAAGUCUAAAUCUGGAAAUCAAAGUAGACAAUAAAGAGAAGACCUUAGAACUGGAAACUCUAGUGACGAGGUUACAGAAUGCUAUGGCGGGUUGCAAUGUAGAUCUUCACAGGCAACUGGACAAAGAAAGUGAUUUCAAUGGCCCACACCAUUGGAACCACUGGACCAAAACUGGAAAUAACUCAGUGAUUUAUGACAACCAAAAGGAAGAAAGAAUGAAUGAAUAUAUUUCUCAUCAGGAAAAACCUGAGAGUAUUUCAAGUCAUGAGUCAACUUUAGAAAGGGCCAACCACGUUUGUCAUAUGGCGAAACAAAAGGGUUACUCUAAUAGGAUGGUAGAGGAAAAGAUGGAUGAUGUUAGUGCUGCUGCAGAUGGAAAUGCCUCCUGGCUUCCCUUAUCAGAAUAUCGCAAUCGUAUAUUAAAUGGAUUGAAGUUAAAGGAUGAGAAAUCAGAUGUUCAGUCAGCAGCUGGCAAACUCACAGCAACUUUUGAUUCUGUCCUGCAGGAAAACGCAGAAUGUAAAUGCUUAGUUUCUAAGUUGGAAGAAGAAAAAAGAACACUUCAGGCUCAAUUUAAUGAAAUGGAGGUGAAAAGGAAGAUUUGCAUUGAAGAGCUCAACUCAUUACUUAGGAGGCAUGAGGAUCUCCAGAAACAAAACCAAGAACUUGAAGCAGAAAGACAGCAACUAAUCACUGAAAAGGAAAGCUUUAUAAGAUUGGUAGAUAAGAUGAUGGAGGAAAAAGAAGAUUUACUUUCUGUCAUUGGAGCAAAAGAAACAGUUCUGCAGUUAGAGAAGACAAAGGAAGCGGUACAGGCUGUUAAUGCAAAUGCAUUGCAGUUUGAGAAUCUGCAAAUGAAUCAAAGUAUUAAUGAAUUACAGAAAGAGAUAACGUUCUUGAGAAAUGAGCUGGAAAAGGCUAGUUGUGAAAUGCAAUGUACGAAAGCAAAGUAUGCGGUCAUGAGGUCAAAGAAUCUGAUGCUUUUCCAACUUGUACAGGAAGUCAAGAACAAGAAUUACAAACUGGAAAAGUCUUUGCAAAAUUCUGUUACUGCAAGCAAGUGCCUGAAGGAAGAUGUCGAAGUAAAAAUAGAGAAGUCAACUAUGAAGGAGGGAUCCCUGAAUGAGAUGGAUCAAGAGUAUCAUGGGAAGAACUUGACUGAAAGUUGCUCAAGUGAUCUGGUCAAGAAAUGUGAAAUGAUGUCAAAGGUUGUGGAGAUACUUACUGAGGAGAAUCAGGUUCUCAACCAGGAUCUUGAGAAAUACAUAAAAGCCAACUUAAAACUGGAGUGCAUUGUGAGAAUGCUGAAUGAAGAAUGGCGGCUGUGGGGAAAACAUGCAUGGAGCACGGAGCAAGAAAUGAAUUUCUUACAUCCAGAAAUGAGGAAAGUACGUUCAUCUUAUCUAAGCGAUGUUAACAAUGCUAUUCAGUUUUCUCACCAAAGGGAGGAAGAUGAGAUGCCAGAUAAUCAGCUCAAUCUUUCAGACAUAUCCUUAAAUGUAACAGAUCUUUCAAUUAGUGAUGGUUCCAGGAUGGCAUUAUGCAGCAGUCCAAAAGUUCAAAGCAAUAUUGAUGAGACUGGACGAAAAUUUGAGGAACUGCAUGAGGAACAAAAAUACAGAAACACAAUCCAGCAAGAUGGGACAGUCUCACCACACAGCACAGCAACCACAGACUGGAAAACAUGGAACACUGUUGGCGGAUCAGGGGAUGCAUCACAAAUAAUGAAAGAUCCAAACUUACCUUUACUCUGUAUCAAGCAGCAUUAUCAUGGAUUCGAUGGGAAAAGCGCUUCCCCUCUUUUAGAAAAGGAAAAUAAUUGGAGGUCCCAGAAUUUGGAGUGUGGUUUAGAUGAGAAGCUGAAGACUCCAGAUCCUCAAAGCUAA